AUGUCGUCUUCACAGCUGUUGAAGCCGAUACAGGAGUCUAUUGGGGAGGAAAAGGAGAUGAGUGUUGUCUCUAUGUUUCGUGAAGUUCAGGUUGUUGUGAAGGCGAAGGUGGAAGGUGAGGUUGUAGUUGUAGUUGUAGUUGAAGGUGAAGUUGUAGUUAGAUGUGAGGUUGUAGGUGUGGUUGUAGUUAAAUGUGAAGUUGUAGGUGUAGUCGUGGUUGAAGUUGUAGUUAGAUGUGAGGUUGUAGCUGUAUUCGUGGUUGUAGUUGAAGUUGUAGUUAUAGUCUUAGUUGAAGGUGAAGUUGUAGUUAGAUGUGAGGUUGUGGGUGUGGUUGUGGUUGUAGUUGAAGUUGUAGUUAUAGUCGUAGUUGAAGGUGAAGUUGUAGUUAGAUGUGAAAUUGUAGGUGUAGUCGUGGUUGUAGUUGAAAGGGAAGUUGUAGUUGAAGGUGAAGUUAUAAUUGAAAGUGAAGUUGUAAUUGUAGUCGUGGUUGAAGUUUUAGUCGCAGUUGAAGUUGUAGUUAAAGCUGAAGUUGUAGUUGUAGUUGAUGUUAUAGUCGAAGUUGAUGGAUGA